CGCAUACAUAAACCGGCACCGGCAACUGGCGGCACCAUUGGUGUCGGGCGGGGCCGGGCGCGAUGUUGCCGCCGCUGGUGCUGGUGUUGGUGCUGACGGUAUUGACGACACCAGCAGCACCACGCUCUCUCUCUGCCUCCUCUCUGUGUGUGACCGGCGAUGGCGGCGUACCGGACGGCUGCGGCGGCGGAGCUGUGCAGCAGAGCCGCCGCGGUCGUCUGCCGGACCUCAGCGGUCGUCUCACCGACUUCGGCGCCGUUCUGCUGGACAGCGAGGAAGAAGAAGAUGAUGAGCUGGGCCUGAUGACGCUGGUGAGAUUGAAACGCGCUCCAGAGCCGCAUCGCAGGCACUCCCGCGAAAAGAAAGGCAAAAAGAAGAAGAGGAAGAAGAAGAAGAAGCCCUCUAGCAGAGGUCGAUCUCGGGAACUAUGUGAGGAUGAUGACGAGGAACCAGUGGACUCCAGAGAGAGACGCCACCGCGGCAGGGGACGCAAAAAGAAGAAGAAGAAGAAGCACUCGAAGGAGAAGGGCCGAAGAUCUGGUGGCCGCUCGAGACGUCGCCACUGUCCGCCGACCGACGCAGAAAUUACCACCGAAUCGGGAACAACCGAAUCGGGUACCACCGAACCGGGUACGACCGAACCGGGUACCACCGAAGCGGGAACAACCGAAUCGGGUACCACCGAAUCGGGUACCACCGAACCGGGUACCACUGAACCGGGAACCACUGAACCGGGAACCACCGAAUCGGGUACCACCGAACCGGGUACCACCGAACCGGGUACCACUGAACCGGGAACCACUGAACCGGGAACCACCGAAUCGGGUACCACCGAACCGGGUACCACUGUACCGGGAACGACCGAAUCGGGGACUGCUGAAUCGGGAGUCACUGAAUCGGGAACUACCGAAUCAGGAACCACGGAAGCAGGAACUAACGAACCGGGAACCUCAGAAGCAGCAACCACUGAAUCGGAAACUACUGAAGGAGGAACCACCGAAUCGGAUACCACUGAAUCGGGAACUACCGAAUCAGGAACCACUGAAUCGGGAGCUACCGAAGCUGGAACCACUGACUCGGGAACUACUGAACCGGAAACUACCGAACCAACCACAGCUGUAGCAAGUACUGCGGAUGAUAUCCCAACUGAGCCCGGCACGACAGAGGCGAUUGGCUCGACUGCCGACUCGCUGACGGGCCUGGCUGACGUCGAGGCCGUAUAAUUGCACGAAACACCAUGCUGUGGUGUCGUGCGUUGGCUAUAUUUUGUUUAGUAGCGUGCGGUAAGGGCUACAAGAUGUCAUUAGCUGUAGUAAGAAUUAUAAUGUCGCUAUUCGUUGAAUGAAUUACUGAGGUAAAUGUUUGUGACUUAAAGCGGCCAUCCCACCUUAACAUUAGUUUUGAGUUGAGAUGCCAUGUUGGGGUCCUUGGCUUGCAAUUACCGACACUUAAAAAAUCGAGAAGUGCUUUAAAUCGAAAUUGUUGAAGUUCAAAAUUGCAGCACUUUGGAUUCAGAGGGCCUUUCUUACACCUUUGUUACACGAAUCAUUUGUUUUCUGAAUGGGACGACCGGUCUGACCAUUGUUUUGAUCAUGGAUGAUACGCUUUCUGAAUACCGAACAGGUUCAGUGAAGUAACGACACCGGCAUCUUGUCCAUCGCUUUGUGUCAACGAUUCAAACUGUCACAUUAGUGGUGUAGCUGUUCUGUCAUUUUUUACGAGCCCUAAAUAUAGGUACGGUGUGCUCCAUAUCAAGCUUCGAUUGGAGUUCAUUCUGCAUUUGACCUCAGCCCAGGCAUCGCGCUUCGUGUAGCAUUGGUCGAAGUUAUUGGGGUUGUAUUAGCAGAGGUUUAUUUUGUUAACCAUGGGCUUCAUUUUCGUGGGAAAUGCCAGUGGUCAUUUGGUAGAAAAUAAAUGAGUCGGAAAUGAG